UUAUGAUCUUAUAUUCUCAGAAACAUCAAUGAAUUAUCAAAAGCUUCAUUGUUGAGAGAAUCAUUGUUUCUAACAGUUCUGCCCCAGCUAAUUGGCUUCACCGCGUUGGUUACCUAGCGAACCCAUCAUAAUUAUUUACAACUUUGUGCGAUAAGCACAUUUUCAUAGUCGAGAUCCUUCCCAGCCGCCAUAUUAUAAUCUUCCAGAACAACAUUUCUUCUACAUUCUCCUCUAUUUUCGUUAAUAAUCUGGAAUGCGACAAGAUUAUAAUUAUCUCGAAUUACUCUACGGAUUUUGAAAUUAUCUGCCAUUAGGCGGCAGAUCCGCCCGUCGCAAUGGCGACUGAUGAUCUCUCUCCACCGGGGAGCAGUACAUAUUCAUCAAAUACAAUGUAUGUUGGAGAUGGGACAUGGGAUGCUACGAAAAAUGAUUUCUUAUUGCCCAAUUUGAUGGGCUUGAAUUUUGAGACGAUGAGAUAUAAUGGAAUGGGAAAUAGAUUCGCGACAAUGCCUGGAUAUAAAGGAUUAAUUACAGCUCAUGGUGUCCUUGCUGCAAUGACCUUUCUAUUCAUCGUACCUGCGGCGAUAUUCAUUGCGAGAUUUUAUGGCCGGGAUAUACGAAAUGCGAUUCGAUAUCACAUAUACUUGCAAAUCAUGACGCUUCUUCUAUCAACGGUUAUUUUCAUACUUGGAUGGAUGGCAGUAGGCAAUGCGCGAAGUUUAACGAAUCCUCAUCAUGGUAUCGGAUUGGCAAUUUAUGUUCUCAUCUGGGUACAAUUCUUAUCGGGCUGGUUGACACAUAAUUCGGAAAAGAAACGAGUUUUGAGAAGGAUUCCAUUAAAGGCUGUGUUGCAUCAAUGGAUAGGUCGUGCAACAGCACUUCUUGCAAUUGCACAAGUACCUCUAGGACUGACUUUAUAUGGAUCGCCAAAAUACCUCUUUAUACUAUUUGCGGUCUGGAUGGGUCUCUUGGUAUUACUAUACUUCAUUCUUUCCUACAGGGCACUACAGGCGCUCCCUGAAGUAUUGCGAGAAGGAAGUCGACAUGGCGAGGUAAUUCAAGAGAGAAGAAAAAGUUCAUUUGGCAUAGGAAUACUUGGUCCAUUACUCGCAGGUGCCGGAGCUGCUGCUUUACUCGGAAAUCGAGAUAGGAGUAGAAGUAGGAGUCGGAGCCGCAGUCGCAAUCACAGUAGAAUUCGAGAAGAAGUUAUACCUUCGCGCAGGGGCUCAAGAUCUCGACGCGGAUCAGUAAGUUACGUCGAAGAAGAGAAAUAUGAGUCUAGGAAAAAGGAAGGUGGCGGCGUUAUGAACUCAUUAUUCAAGGGUGCGGCAGUUCUUGGAGCUGGUGCGCUGGCGAAGAGUUUCUUCGAUCGACGACAACGAACAAAGCAUGAGGACGAAUAUUCGUCUGUUGCUCCGGAUACUCCAGGUAGAAGGCAACAUAGACGCAAUGACAGCGAAUAUAGCGAUUCAACUCUUACAACCGAACAAACAAAUCAUUAUGAAAAUCGCCGAGGAAGUCGUUCCAUCUUACCUGGACCUGGAGCUCCUGCGGCUGCUAUUAGUGCUGCAAAAGCACGUCCAACAACUCCAAGACCCGUAACGCCCGUAACUCCGAGACCAGUACGAAGUCAAGCUGGCCGAACUCAUAGUUUUGAUUCUAUGAGUUAUUCCUACGAUUACGGAUCUGGUACUACAGAUAGCCCAUCUCGAAGACCACAAGAAAAUAAUGGACUACGAAAUGGAUUACUUGCUAGUUUGGGAAUAGGCUGGUUUGCCAAGAAAAUGAAAGAUCGUAGAGAAAAGAAGGAAAUGGAUCGUAUUGAACGCGAGGAAGAUGAAAGAUACGAGCGAGAGAGAGCUUCUCGACAUAUUAAUCAAGGUUCACAUUUGACAAGCGACGCGUUUCCACCAAGAACUCAUAUCAGACAAAGUUCAAUAGAGUCAUCUGAACUUUCAUCACUUGUCCAUCCUCAUCCCGCACCUAGAGCAACGGUAUCAGUACCAGCUCCAGUUCCGGUAAAUAUGGGUCAAUCUCGCUCUCACCAUGAUGUCGUUACAGAAACAGUUUCAAUGCCUCCUAUGCCCACCGAUCCACGUGGCAUUCUUCAUCAACCUUCCGAUAGUGAUGUUACUCCAACCCCUGGUCGAAGUCGUCGCCGAUCAUCUAUUCGAAGAGAGGAAGGAGAAGCUGCUGCUGCCGCCGCUGCUGCUGGAGCUGCUGGUCUUGCCGCAGAAGAGGAACGUCGUCGUCAAAGAUCCCACUCUAGAUCAGCAGUUGCAAGUCCACCUGUCAGUGUUAAAGUCAAAAUGCAUGGCGAUAAAGACCGCAAUGUUACUUUGAGACGUCUUACAGAACAAGAAGCUGCGGCAGAACGUGCCUCGCGAAGAGCUCGAAGUGGCCAAAGACGUUCGCGAAGGGAUUCAACAAGUGAUUUCAGUGAUGGCGAAGUAUCAUCCAGGUAUAGACGAGAAGCUGAGAAGAGAGCUGAGAGAAGAGCUGAAUCAAUGGUUAGAGAUAAACAUGAAGAAGCUGGCAUUCCACCACCACCAAUAGGUCCUCUUACACCACCCAACCCUGCAUUUGCAGGUGGAAAGAAACCUAAAGAUUCAGGUUACUACUCUGGACGACCGCAGAGUUCUGGUAGACCACAAAGUGCUGGUAAGCUAGAUCCGAGUGUUGCCGGAGGAAGUAUAUUCGAUGCAGGAAGGAGUAAUAUGUCGGAAGAUACUCAUGGUACAUGGAGUGCCAUGAGUCCAGAUUCUGGUACUGAUCACGCGAGAGAAAGGCGACAAAGGAGGAGAAUGGAGAGGCAAAGACAAAGUAUAGGAGCUGGAACGGCUGGCACAGUUGAUUUUACUUGAGUUUUGAUCCUCGAGUUGUAUUAUUGUUUGGUGUUUGGAGUUGGCAAAAUAGGGCUGGACUAUUUGCUCUUUUUAUUGAUGAAAAUAUAAAGUGGAUGAGAUGGUAAAACGGAACGAUAUGUAUGAAGAUGUUGGCUUAUGUUCAAGCCUUUAGUACAUGGCUGAUGAGAUUAUGAAUGAAAGCGGGAUGGGAUGCGAUAUGAUACGAUAUGAUUUUUUCCUCAAGGAAAAUCCUCAGCGAUGCGGUUAGGAUAGGCGAGCAAUCUGGCAUAGAUACCUACGUACCUACGUACUUUUUCUGCA